AUGUUUCUUGUGGACAGUGGUGCGACACAUCACAUUUUGAAUUCCAAGAAAUGGUUCACUUCAUUCGGAGAGUCUGAAACCCGGGAAGUCCGCGUUGGUAGUAAUCACUGUCUGCUGGUUACCGGACAGGGUAACGCCAACCUGACUAUCAGAGUCAACGGAAAGAACGUGAAUCUCGAAUUGAAAGAUGCCCUCUAUGUCCGGAAAAUGCGUCAGAACAGCGAGAUGGACGUGGGAUACGAGAGAAAAACACACUUCGACAUCCCCGGCCUACUCUUUGCCGACGACCUCGUCCUGAUGGCGAGGAACCACAACGACAUGGCGAAACUCCUGGAGGUCACCACAGAAUACGGAAACCGGAAUAAACUCCUAUUCAAUCAGAGAAGAGGUUUCAACCGAUUCGAAAUCACUAGAGUGCAGUGGAAAGCAACCGCCGUCCCGAAACUCACCUAUGCCAACUCGGUCUUGGUGAGGAGCGCCAAUUUGAGGGACACCCUGGAUAGAGCCCAGCGGAAAGCAGGGAAGUGGGCACUAGGAAUUCCAGGAUCGAGAGUAUCGAACGAGUUCGUCGAAGGCGAACUUGGAUGGUCAUCCUUCGAAGCAAGAGAUGCCCAGAGCAAACUAAGAUACUUCGAAAGAGUGAGAUCGAUGCCUGAAAAUAGAUGGCCGAAAGCGAUCUUGAGAAUGAUGGAGCUCACUCUGAAGAAAACCAAGGCGUACCAGGAGACCGAACGACUUCGAGCGAAAUACAAGUGCUCAGACAUCAGUCUCCAAUUCGAUGUAGAAGGACGCCCGCUCUCGAAUAUCUUCAACAAAAGGAUCAAAGAGAGGAUACGAGAGACCCAAGAGGCGAUGUGGAGAGACAACAUGCUCCUCAAGACGAGCCUCAGUACCUACGCCAUGGGAAAGAAGACUCGAGGUGUAACUAGCUUCACCUACGAUAACAGUAAGGGAAGCGCCCUCCUAGCUUUGGCCAGAGCCAACAUGUUGCCAACCAGAGCCCACAAGAUGUACCCCGGAAUCGACAAAACCUGUCCCAGGUGUGGCAUCUACGAAGAGACGAUGGAACACGUCAUCUUCGAAUGCAACGACAUCUACCACACGGGAGAAGAACUCCUGUGCCGCAGAAAAGCCAUCGACACCAGAUGGAUCUUCAAACUUAAGGUCAAUCCCCAGGAUGUGACAAGAAGAUAUCGCGCGAGAUUGGUGAUCCGCGGAUACAAGCAAACUGAGGGACUUGAUUAUUCUGCCGAUAAGAUUCUCAGUCCCACAGCUCGACUUGAAGGAGUCAGAACAUUGUUGAGCAUUGCGGCGAGGGAGAAACUGUACCUUCAUCAGUUCGACGUCAAGACCGCAUUCUUGAACGCUCAUCUGUCCGAUGACAUUUAUAUCCUUCAACCCGAAGGCAGAAAUGAUGGAUCAGGCAAGGUUCUGAAACUCCUACGAGCAGUCUACGGAUUAGAACAGAGUCCCUUUGAAUUCAAUGAGACCCUGAAAAAGAUUCUGAUAAACAAGGGACUCACACGGAGCAAGACUGAUCCCUGCAUAGACUAUCGCAACGGCCCCGAACGUCUGAUCGUUUGCGCAUAUGUGGACGACGGAAUAAUCAUGAGCAAAUCCAAAGAGAUCGCUAUGGAUUUCAUCGACUCUCUAAAGAAAGAUCUUGACAUAACAUGUCAACCUUUGUCAUAUUUCUUGGGGAUGCAAAUUGAGACCAACGAUAACGACGAUAUCCACAUUCAUCAAACAAAGUAUGAUGAUGAUGAUGGUGUUCAUGAGUUGGUGACUCACUACAUUGGUGACCCGGACGUACACAAAAUGAGUCAGGAAUCUUUUGAGGACACUUUGGAGGUGCUCCCCACGAUGGCGAACCGUGACACACCAAGCGUAUCCGCGGUCUCCCUGAAGCUACCCCCAUUCUGGCCCAAACAAGCCACCGUGUGGUUCACAACGAUAGAAGCUCAAUUCAGCUUGAGAAAGAUCGUCGAUGACCAAACGAAGUUCGAAUACGCGUUGACCGCUCUUGAUUCUGACACGCAAGAAAGAGUGGGAGAUUUCUUCGACGACCUGCCCGUCGCCGGCACGCGGUACUCAUCCUUCAAGGCACGAGUCUUGGACUCCUUCAAAGUCAGUCAACACGAGCGUUUCUCAACCCUCGUCUCGCUCACAAUCGGCGAUGAUACCCCCUCGAGACUCCUUGACCGAAUGCUAGGGCUGUAUAGGCCAGACCCGAACCCUUCGAAAAACCCGCUUUUCCGGUUCCAUUAUCUUCAAAAACUGCCUCCCCACGUCCGAGAUCAAGUCACGGCGUGCGAUCAUCUUGAACUCAGGGACGUGGCAAAACUUGCCGACAAGAUCUUCGUGCAACGUCACGCUGCCAGCGUGCUCGCGGUGCAAGACGAAGAGGAAGUCGACGCGGUGCGGCAGAUGACUCGAGGGAAACGAACCGGCCGGCCGCCAGUAAUCACGCUCGCGGCCGGCUCCCAGCCGAGGGGUGAUCUUUUCUUCGUCAAAUGCACCACUUCCGGCCGUCGGUUUCUAGUAGAUACAGGAGCCCAAGUAAGCAUCGUACCGCCGACGCCGGACGAUCGCGGAUCUCCCUCAGAUCGCUUCUUACUUGCCGCAAAUCACAGCAAAAUCAGCACAUACGGUAUGAAGAAUCUCACCCUGAACCUCGGAGGACGUUUCACACAUGCUUGGAGGUUCAUCAUUGCUGAUGUCACUCACCCGAUUCUGGGUUCCGACUUCCUCAGAAGCGCGGGACUUAUAGUGGAUCUCCGCGGUCAAAGACUUCUCGAUAAUCUUUCACUGGUGUCUAUACCGCUGCGAGUGGCACAACCCCGAGAAGGCAUCAGUAUACUCACCAAACCCAGUAACGAGUUUGAAGCACUCCUUCUGGAGUUCCCAAGCGUACUCACACCCAGUUUCGACUCAGCGGUCAAGCAUUCAGUUCAACAUCACAUCGUAACCAAGGGCCCUCCGAGAUACGCAAAGGCACGCCGCCUCGCCCCCGACGUACUGCGGGUAGUCAAAGAAGAGUUUCGAUCCCUGGAGAACCUUGGCAUUAUCAGAAAAUCGUGCAGUCCAUGGUCCAGCCCGCUCCACGUCGUCCGAAGGACGGACGGAACCAAGCGACCAUGCGGCGAUUUUCGACAGGUCAAUGAUAUCACCGAGCCGGAUAGGUACCCGCUCCCACACAUCCACGAUUUUGCAGGGAACCUUGACGGAUGUACGCUCUUCUCGAAAAUCGAUCUGGUCAAGGGCUACCAUCAGAUCCCCAUGGCGCCGGAAGACAUCCCUAAGACCGCCAUUAUCACUCCCUUCGGGCUCUGGGAAUAUACGCGGAUGCCCUUCGGCCUACGGAAUAGUGCUCAAACGUUCCAGAGGCUCAUGGAUUCCGUUCUGAGUGGCCUCCCAUUCAUUUUCGUGUAUCUCGAUGACGUGCUUGUUGCCUCGAGGAGCAGAAAGCAACACCUCGAACACCUCAGGGCGCUUCUCGAACGGCUUCGGGACAACGGCCUGGUGGUCAACGCCGAGAAAUGCCGUUUCGGAGUUCCUUCGAUCGACUUCCUAGGCCAUCGCGUUUCGAAGGAGGGUAUCGCCCCGCUGCCGAAGAAAGUAGAUCGCAUCCGCGAUUUUCCGCAGCCAAGAACGAUGCUGGAGCUCCAACGCUUCAUCGGCAUGGUCAAUUACUACCAUCGUUUUCUCCCCAAGGCAGCUACGGUGAUGGCGCCACUGAUCAAGGUUCUAGAUCCAAGCCCGAAGGCGAAAACCACAGCUGUUCCCUGGGACGCCGAGACUGUUUCUGCUCUUCAGGCAACCAAGGACCUCCUGGCGCACGCUACCCUCCUCGCUCAUCCAGUCCACGGUGCAAACCUCGCCAUCGUAUCGGAUGCCUCGGACGUGGCGGUCGGGGCGGUACUACAGCAGCAGCUUAAAAACGGGAUUUGGCAGCCCCUCGGGUUCUUCAGUCGGAAACUCAGAGACCCGGAGACCCGGUACAGCACCUUCGACAGAGAACUGCUCGCGAUCUAUUUGGCAUUGAGACACUUUCUCCACCACGUCGAAGGUCGUCCUUUCACGAUAUUCACGGACCACAAGCCGCUUACGUUCUGCAUCGCCAAGAAGAGCACACCACUGUCAUCGCGACAGCAGCGGCACCUGUCGUUCAUAUCGGAGCUGACCUCGGACAUUCAACAUAUAUCGGGGCAGAAGAAUGUCGUAGCGGAUGCGCUGUCUCGGGUCGUCCUGGCCAACAACGUCUCCCUUGGUGUGGACUACGAACAACUCGCCGCGGACCAGAGAGCGGACUCCGAGUACGGAGAUUGUCGUCGCGCUGACUCGAGUCUCGUAUGGGAGGAGGUUGAAUUGGUGCCGUCCGGGCCUGUCUUGCUUUGCGAUACUUCCACAGGCAGUCCGCGACCGUGGCUCCCCAGUGCCUGGCGGCGUCGAGUUUUCCAUCUUCUGCACGAGAUAUCCCAUCCUGGGGCUAACACAACGAUCAAGUUGGUGUCCAGACGAUUCGUUUGGCGCGGUCUCGCUAAACAAGUCCGGCAAUGGUCGAGAGCUUGCGUCAACUGCCAGCAGUCAAAGAUCCACCACCAUGUGAAGAGCGAGUUUGGGAAAUUCCGACUCCCACUGACCCG